AUGGGAGGGCCUCCAGAUCUGAAAAACUGGCUCCCAAGAUACCAGUAUGAAUCACCUGCACUGAAUUCCAAGUCGUUUCUAGAUGAUUUCAGCAUCGAUGAAGUCGAAAGAGAAGAAAAAGAAGAAAAUUCAGUUGGGUUCUGGGGAAAUGGAAAUAAAGAUGGAGCUUUUGUCCAUGAGAAGCAAAUCUCAAAUGGGGUUGUGGAAUCUGGCAGCUCUUCUGGAAAUGAGCAUGAAAACCAAUGUUUAAGUAAGAUUCCAGGUUCUUCGGAAUCAACUUCGUUCACUUCAGAGCCCACUGACAUCAGAAACUGGUUCUCAAGCUAUGUGUAUGAAUCUCCUUCAUUGGAUACAACUGAUGAUUUUGGAGAUUCUGUUGGCAAAGAAAGUAAACAUGAGAAGGAUGGCUUUUUGGUUGGAAACAGAAACGGGGAAAAAGAAAAGGAAUUAGGGGAUUUUAGUAUAAACAGAAGUGAUAGCGAGGAGGUUGUUGGUGAAACGGUACAGUCAGAUGGGCUUGCAAAUUGCAGCAUCUCUUUGAGAGAUAAUGAGCAGGAAAGGCAGCCUUUAAGUGAGGUACUAUUUCUGUAUCUCUCCUUUUCCCUAUAG